AUGAUGUCCAUCCAGUGUCAGACCCGAAGUGACAUUCAGCCCACCCGGCUCACUUCCAGCACGGUGAACAUCGACACAAUGACCACCGAGGUCUACGAUGUCACCCUCUCUUACUCCUCUUCUUCCUCUUCCUCCUCUUCCUCCUUCUCAUCGUCGGUGUACUCCACCACAUCAUCCACACCGACUCUAGUUUGGGACCUUCUCACCCCCAAACAACGGGCAAACAUCACCCAAUGGAUUGAUAGCACCCCCUACUACGAUUCCAUGGAAGAAGAGGAAGAGAAGAGCAGCUGCAACAGCAGUAACGAGACCUUGGUCCUCGAAGACCUCGGUCCAAUCCAACUGGAGGCCGUUCCUCCUUUCCCACGACCCAACCUCACCGGGUCAUCUCUAUACCAGCUGCACAAUCAACUGCGGCAUCCACACACGAGCAGAUUCACCGAACUGAUGGAUGAGGACUUGAUCGACCCUCGUCUAGUCCCAGUGGCGGCUGAUUCUGACUCCGAUAUCAACGGGAGCAUGCUCCCGUUCUUAUACAAACCGACUCCGAUUCCAUCCCAGAGUGCGACGCCCGAGCCCGAAUUCGCCAUUGUGCUCAUUGCACAAUUUGUGUCGAAGAAGGCUCGCAGUGUCGUGGGUCAUGCCUGUCGUGGGCUACGGAAAAAGUUGGCUCGCGACAAAGGGCUGGAUAAAUAG